AGUAAACAAUAAUAUGGUCGGAAUGGUCAGAAACUGGAGUAUAUAAGAAUGGAUGCAAUUCCAAUGAAAGGCAUCAGUCAGAAUUGAUAGUUCUAUCAGAGUUCAACACAGACCUUCAAGCAACCCUUUUUAAUAAAAUUUCAAAAUGUUCAAGUUGGUGGUGUUGUCUGCUCUUCUCGUCGUUGCUGCUGCUAAGCCAGGCACAAUUAUCGAAGCUAUUUCGGCUCCAGUUCUCAAGACAGCCAUUGUCCAUGAGCCAACCUCAAUUGAAGUUCACGAACCAACCAUAGCUAAGGUUGGCGAAUAUGUCGAAAGUGUCCCAACAGCUGUUUCUCAUCAGAGUUCAACCAUUGUCCAUAGUCGGGCUAACCAAAUCACCCCGAUUGUUGCUCCAGCUGUUCGUACCUAUUCAACUCCAGUUGUGAAGACCUAUGCUGCUCCAAUUCUCGAAAGUGCUCCAUUGCUGAAGACCUACGCUGCUGCUGCUGCUCCAGCUUCAGCUGCUUUCGUCCAAUCUCCAUACGUUCGUAGCUUGGAUGGAAGUUUGGCCAGCUAUGGUUAUGCUUAUGCUCAUGGUUCACCUUUGUUGUAUUCAGCUCCUUAUGGUUAUGCUGCUGCUGGAACUUAUUACAGAGGUUAUUAAAAUCGGUAAACCUUUACUGGGAUUAGGAACUAAUAAUUUGGCUAACAAAAAUGGCGAGGAAAACUGAUUUGAUGCGAGAUGGUAUCUAUUGUUCCUAAUAAUGAAUUGAUUUGUUUUUAUUUUGGAAAGAUUAGAACCACGUUAUUUUUGGAUAAAUAAAUUAAAUGAUAUUCUAGAAAAUA